CAACAGCAGCCACAUGCAUUUCAGACCCAGAAAUCAACAGUGAGGAUUUUCAAUAGUUUCCCCCCCCUCAGAAACAGGUUUAUAUAUAGUGUAAUGUUAUAUAUUUGUAUGUUUAAAGUGAAAAAAGAAGAUUUAACGCCACGACUUCACACACUCCAGCACGGUAGGUGGCAGUAUGUAGCUUUUUUGUCGGUUUUUGGUCCGUUAGAUUAGUAGAAGUAGGGGGAGACACCAACAACAAACUGUGACUAUGAGGUGAGGCGACCACGGGCUGAUAUACAUUUAUUUAUGUAUGCCAAGUUUAGAAAAUAGUCUUUCAUCAGGUAUCAGUGCGAGGUCAUGUUGCAUGUAGCUCGGUGCCUUUGACCCGGAGGCGACAUGACAGCACUGAGGAGGCUUGAUUUAUGGCUGCCACGCCUCCUGCAUGCCUGCACGCGGAGCUGGCACAGGGCAGGUACCUGCGGGUACCUCAACACAUCUCAUCAUGCCACUUUGAUGUCACAACACCGGUGGAAAAGUGUUUUCCACUGUCAGUCGAGAGGCUUUACCCUCUCCACACACAGCCUCCAGAGCAGAGAUGAUGACUCCAGCUCUGGGCGUCUCACUGGACUCACAGAGGAUGAUGUUGAGGAUGAGGAUGAAGAUUUUAUUGAUGACAGGGAGGUGGAGGAGUUGUUCCAGCAGCAGGUUCCUGCAGGCGUUGGAGAUGGACAGCAGAGGAUCUUCAUUGUUCACCCUGAUGUGAAGUGGGGAAGGAGGAAGCAGCAUCUGACCACAGCUGAACUGAUGAUGGCUGAGGCAGUGGGGCUGGUUAACACCUUAGACAACUGGACAGUAGUGGACAAGAUCAUCCUCUCCACCAAGACACCAGAGAACAAGAAGAUAUUUGGCAAGGGGAAUUUCCUCCAUCUUACAGAGAAAAUUAAGCAAACACCAGGAAUCACCGCUGUGUUUGUCAAUGUUGAGCGUCUGUCUGCCUUGUCUGAGAGGGAGCUGGAGGAAGCCUGGGGGGUGAAAGUCCUUGACAGGUACUCGGUCGUCCUUCACAUCUUCCGCUGCAAUGCCAGAACUAAGGAGGCCAAGUUACAGAUCUCUCUGGCAGAGAUCCCCUUGCUAAGGUCUCGUCUGAGAAAUGAAUUGGCAAACUUAGAUCAGCAGGGUGGAGGUGCAAGAUACAUCGGUGGUUCAGGUGAGACGUUUACAGAGGUCCAGCAGAGGCUGUUGAAGGAGAGGGAGAUGAAGAUUCGCUUUGCGCUCGAGCGGCUUCGGAAGAAGAGGCACUUGCUGCGGUCGCAGCGCAAACACAAAGACUUCCCCAUCAUCUCCGUUAUGGGCUACACCAACUGUGGAAAGACGACUCUCAUCAAAGCACUGACUGGCGAUAGCGGCCUGCAACCCCGAAACCAGCUUUUUGCCACCCUGGACGUCACUGUGCAUGCUGGCCAGUUGCCCAGUCGUAUGACAGUACUGUAUGUGGACACCAUUGGCUUCUUGUCCCAGCUUCCUCACCAGCUCAUCGACUCCUUCUCUGCCACGUUGGAAGAUGUUAAACACUCGGACCUGAUAAUUCACGUCAGGGACAUCAGUCACCCAGAGACAGUGAAUCAGAAAGUGAAUGUGCUAAAUGUCCUCAAGAACCUGCAGAUCCCUGACAGACUCAUGAGCUCCAUGAUAGAGGUCCACAAUAAAGUUGACUUAAUUGACAACUAUCAGUCUUCAGAGCCCAAAGCACUGCCCAUAUCUGCUUUGAAAGAGCAGGGCCUCGAUGAACUGAGGAGGCAAGUUGAAGAGGAGAUUGUAAAGUCGACAGGAAAACACAUUUUAGACCUCAAGGUGAAUCUCAGCACCUCCCAGUUAAGUUGGCUGUAUAAGGAGGCCACGGUUCAGGACGUGCAUGUGAUUGCAGAUGAAGGCUCAGCGGUUGUCAAGGUGAUCAUCAGCGCCGCUGCUUAUGGACGCUACAAGAAACUGUUCACAGGCAGAUAGCGAUAAACCAGGUAACUGAUCACUCCUUGUGCUGUGGGCUGGUUUGCCCACCAGUACGGGAUGGCUGGCCACAGCUCCUGAUGUCUCUCUGCAGCUUGGUCGUCAUAGGACAGCAGGACUUGGUGCCCAGACGCCCACAGACUCC